GGGGCUGAGAGCCGGGGACGACGACGACGGCGGCGGCGGGCGGCGCUGUGCGGGGCCCCGGCGGCUCGGGAGGGAGCGGGCCGCGGCGCGGCUCCGGGGCCCCGCGGGCGGAGCGGGCAGGUCUCCCGAAGCAGGAGAGCGCAGCCCGCAGUGUCCCCAACAUAGCCAUCUUGUGCCGUGAUGCCACAGUCGUGUUUUCUUACUUAAAAAUGCUCGGUUCAUGGAGCAGGACUUGACUGCCUUGAUGCAUGUUCAAUCAUGCUGGGAAUGGAGUGUGUAAUUUGGAUAUCAGCAGUAGGGCAUCGUAUCAAAACAAAGCAUCUGUGGGACUGCUUGUCGAAUGAAUGACUUCUAACUGCAGGAGCUGUUAGGCUGGAAACAAGUGCUACAAGAUGCCAAGCGAGGUGCUUGAGAGCGGUAGUGGGCUGGAGGACACAGUGCAAAAAGAGAGCAAAUCUGGAAGCCACAGCCCUCGCCAUGGAUCUGUGAGGAGGGCUGUGACAACUGCUGUCACCUUCGAUGGAGAAGCUACUAUGGACCGGAGGAAAAAGAAGAAGAAAGAGUCCCGUCCUGAGUCAGUAAUAGUGUAUAGGUCAGAGAAUGAGAAUAAGGUGGAAGAGGAGCAAGCAGAUGAAGAAGGAGGGGAAAGGAGCUCUGAAGAAGGCUCCAAGUUCCUGGGUCAGUCCGUGACUGAUGGUGUCUGGAACAUGCCUUCAGACAGCCGAUAUGUCACCUUGACUGGAACAAUCACCAGAGGAAAGAAGAAGGGUCAGAUGGUGGACAUCCAUGUCACACUAACAGACAAAGAGCUGCAGGAACUGGCUAAGUCAAAGGAACCUCCUAAAGAAAGUGUACCUGAGAAGAAAAAAUGUGAUGUUGGGUUGGACAGAGGACCCCAUAUUGUCCUCUGGACCAUCAUCUGCCUCCCCAUCAUUUUUGUAGUAUCCUUUGUGGUUUCAUUCUAUUAUGGAACCAUUACAUGGUACAACAUCUUCUUGGUGUACAAUGAAGAGAGGACCUUCUGGCACAAAAUCACCUUUUGCCCCUUUUUGAUCAUCUUCUACCCAAUUAUAAUCAUGGUUGUGUCUUUUUCCCUAGGCCUGUACUCAGCUGUGACCCAGGUAUCGUGGUCCUUUGGGGACUGGUGGCAUGCUGUCAGGGAUAUGGAGAAAGGCUUCUGUGGCUGGCUCUGCAGCAAGCUAGGUUUGGAAGAUUGCUCUCCGUACAGCAUUGUUGAGCUGCUAGAUUCUGACAAUAUCUCAGGUAGUCUCUCUGGCAAGAGCUCUGCACAGGGGGUUGAUACUUCAGCAGUUUGAGCCUUUGUCCUGGCUGACUAUUUUUGUCAUAAGCAAGUGGUUUUCAUCUAGAAAAUGACACUGAUUUUUUUUAUAUAUAUAUUUAAAAACAAACUUAAAUAAAAUACUGGGCUGGGAGUGCUCUUUAAGUGUCACAGAAUGCAAGUGUGCUAGCUUCGUGUGGUCUGGGUGGGGAGGUGCAUGGUUCUCCAGUGAUUUGUCAUCUAUCUUAGCUAACUAGCUCUGGGGAAUAGUAAGAAAAUUCAGGUCUGUGAGGCUUGGGCUGUUUUGGGGUAGCAGAUAUGAGCUGAGAAGUUCACUUUAGGAAAAUUAGACAUCACUUGAGGGAAAAGAAUAUAACAGGGACCUCCUGAUCCAGUGAAGUUUCUACCCAGGGGAUGAACUUCAGGAGAUAGAAACUCAUUUAUAGGCGAAGGCUAAAUUGCAAAAUAUGUGCAGUUUUCCUAGAAAGGGGCCCCUUUCAGUCCUUUCAAAAAAUAAACAAACUUUUCAAGUAAGCUAACUUGAGACAGUAUCAGUUUGGGGGAAAAAAAAAAAAACAGCACUGCAACAGUUGUACCCAAACUUUCAGUGGGAGAACACAGCAUAGUCUCUUGACAAAGGCACACUGAGAUCUUUGCUGACCUGCAGCCAUGUGCAGUGGAGGGCUCACUCAAUAAUGCAUUGUGAAGGAGUGGACAAACAUAUCACCAAGCACCCUCAGGUGACUGUAGGUACAGAUAUAUAUGUCCUUAGGACACACCUGGCUUCGUUAGAUGCCCUCCUAAAAGAAAUGGGGCUACAGGAGUCUCAUGCAAGGGAACAGCUGGGUAUGCAGUGAAAACAGGGAAAAAACAGCUGCUCUGAGGAAUGUGGUUGGUUUAGGUGUCACUGCAGUGUAUAUGUUGACUGGUGGCACUUUUUUUUUUUUAAUGGAGAUGAAGCUGAAAGUUGCUUGAGAUGGGGAAAAUCUCAGUGAAAAAGUCACUCUUGUUUUCAAGUUGCCCUUAUGGAGGAGAUGGUGAACCAUCCAAUUCAGAAAGAGAACAACGCUCAAUAUGCAGAAUGUCCCUGUUAGUACCAGUGCAAAUUGCAUUAGUGCCUCAGCUCCAGAAAUCUGCCUCACCAUACCCUGCUUCCUUGUUAAUUAUGUAGAAGAGCAAUAGAUUGUACAUCCUCCUCCCCUUGUGUCUCACUUUCAUAACUGAUUUUCCUUCUUUUGGGACUUUGCUUAGCGUCUUAAUGGGCUCCCAAGCUAGGCUGAGGUGGUCACCAUAGGCUGGAGAAAUUUUAAUAGUCUGUUUAAAAAAAAAAAAAAAAAAAUCAGAAGCAAAAAAGUUCUUUGUUCAGACUGCAGUUGUCUGUUGAAGUUUUGGCCUAAAGAGUGCAUGAGGAAAGUGAAGGAGAGGAUUACUGGACUAUAAUGGGGUUUGAGUUACAUAUGUGAAACAUCACAAACUUCCUGAGUGCUCUAGUUCAGCUGGUGCUGCUAGAAAGUCUGGCUCAACCCCAGCCCAGAAGGGCCCACAAUUUGCAUGUGCAUAGGUAGGUAACUUAUUAGUGUGCAGUCAAUGUAGACUGUACAGUCAUUCAUGUCUGUAUCAGUUUCACUACCGCAGUCUCCCUUCCAGAGGGAGAGCUGCUCUUAGUUGUUAGGUGUCUAAGAGAAACACUUAGAAAUGGGAUGUCACAGGAGUUAAUGCUUUGCUUUGCACUCAAAGGAUGAUCCCACAGCUACACUGACUGGCUGUCCGGUCUAGGACACAAGGGAAUGUGAUGGAUAAACAAGUCCAUCUGAUGUUCUAGGCCUGAUAUUAAGGAAUAGGUGAAGUUGCUGUUGCAUCCUUGGUCUGGGAGGUCCUGCCAAAGCAACCUCUUUAGCUUUGGUUUGAGAAUUACCAAUGUGAGCAGUGUACAAGUCAAAUAUCAAGAGUAGGCUCAGCCCUAUGCUUUUCUGACAAAGCAGAGGUGUUCCUAUGCUGAAGUACAGCCAGGCUGUUUGCUGCUUUCUGAUGAACAGCUCUUGGUUUUAACUGGCUGAGUCUCAAGCAAUGAAGUACCUUUCACAAGGCUGUUUCAGUUAGGGAGCUUGGUAUGCCUCUGAAAUUAUAGAGAAGCUGAGAAUAAGCAAUGUCAGUGCCAGCAGUCUCUAGAAACCCAGCACAGCCACUCUGCUUAAUACCCCUCCCCAUGGAAAUAGCAGGCUCCCACAUGGCUGGAGAAUGGUAAGAAGUGAUGUUUAGCAAGCAUUAAUGGGGAGGAAGGCCCACUGGUAAGUUUUCCUGUUCUCUGACUGGAGUGACACUGCUGGUGUGAAAGAAGUGGAUUGUGUUCGUUGGCCCCAACAUGUGGCAAACAAGUGGGGAAAGGAUGCCUGGCAAGCAUGCAUUACUGCAGAGGGAGAAAACCCAAUUCAGCUGUCACUGCUACACAGCAGCUGUUCAAGGCUGGACGAAAGGCUGGGGUCAGUAGCACAAAGAGCCUUCGGCUUACAGAGGGCUUGAAUGAUAAAUACUAGCUAGUUACAGAAUACAAUUGUGAAAUGUCUGCUGAGCUGCAGGAUUUGCUUUCAGGCUUGCAAACAGCCUGUGAGAGUGGAGACAAAACCAAAUCUGUGCCUCUUACUGCUAUGUAAACACAAAGGAGCAUCAGAGAAGUUGUAUUGCCCUCACUCUGCCAUUGCAGCUGUGCUUCUGGGUACAGUGAAACCAUUUGGGGGCCAUCUUUUUGAAGAUAUUCUUGAAUAAUUAAUCAUGUGUUUUCUACUUUAUUACAUUUAACCAAGCUUGACUCCGCUCCAGCUGAAAUCAGGGUGUUCUGCCACUGAUUUUAAUGGGAGCUAGUUUAAGCUUGGGGUUAGUUCUGGUGCUAUUUUUAAAAGUUUUAUUCAAACUUUUCUCAAAACAACUCUGGAUAGCUUUCUCUCUUGCUUGUUAUCCCCAGAGCUGUUUGCCUGCUGCAAAAUAUAUAAUCAUAAUCACUUGUUGUAAUAAAAGAAAGCACAAGUUUUUGUCUUGUUCUACCUUUGCUUUCAGAAACUCAAAAAUAAUUUCUGCUUAUGUGCCACUGCCAAACUGCAGGGAAUUCCAGUGAUUCUGAUUGUUGAGUGUGUUUCUGGCUGCUGUAGUCUGAAAUCUUAAGUAAAGACAGUGUAUGUUUGCUGAUUGUCAUUUUUAAUUGCAUUCCCUUUUCCCACCCUUGCUGGCCUGGGUGGAGAAUAAAAAUGUAUAUGGCUUAGAA